AUGGCUGCAACUAAUGCUUCAAUCUUUACUUCAACAAAACCUUGCUUCUCUGUCACAACCUCUCUUCCUACUCAUACCAUAACAAACACGUUUGGUAGUAAUUUUCUGAAUGUUUCAUUACCAAGAUGUUACCUUAUGAAGAAAAGACAUGUGAAAGCUAGGCAUGUAAUAGCCAAUGCUGCUGCUUCUGUUGCAACAAGUCCUACUGAAGAAAUUCAAGAGUACAAGCUACCUUCAUGGGCUAUGUUUGAAUUUGGGAAGGCUGCUGUUUACUGGAAAACCAUGAGUGGUGUCCAUCCUACUUCAGGUGAAAAUCUUAAACUUUUCUAUAAUCCAGCUGCAGCAAAACUUGCUCCUAGUGAAGAAUUUGGAAUUGCUUUUAAUGGAGGUUUUAAUCAACCAAUUAUGUGUGGUGGUGAGCCAAGAGCUAUGCUAAAAAAGGAUAGAGGCAAAGCUGAUUCUCCUAUAUAUUCCAUUCAAAUAUGUGUUCCUAAACAUGCAUUAAACUUGAUCUUCUCAUUUACAAAUGGAGAAGAUUGGGAUGGUCCAUAUAGAUUGCAGUUUCAAGUUCCCAAACCCUUGCAGAACAAGCCAAUUGAAUUCUUUAAUGAGGGUUUGGCAGAGGAACUAAGUCAAGAAGGAGCAUGUGAAAAAGCAAUAUUUCCAGACACAACUACAGUUAUAUCUAAAUGUGCUAUGGUUGGUAACUUGUCAAAAGAAGGGGGUGAUCGCUGUGAUCUGAAUCUUGUUCUGGGGUGCAUCGAUCCUAGCUCGCCCAUGUACGACCCACUAGCCAAUGUAGAUGAUGGAUCAUGUCCAAUUGAUGUGGAUUCUGACUCUGAGGAAUAA